CAAAACACAGACGUUGUUUCCUCAGAUUCAUUUGAUUUACAUUUAAGAUUUAAUUUUAAAAAUCACCAUGGAUCACAUCCCUGAAUCUUUGGUGACCUAUGACAACCCGGUGUUGGUGACCAAAAACAUUGAGAAGAUAUCACCAAAGACUAUGCCUCUGAGCACCGCCACCUUAGAUCCUGUUCUACCUCCACCCAAAGCCAAGAGCUCUACGACUGAGGCCAGUAAUCAGCAAAUAGUGGAGAUUCUUGAUGCCAUUCUACCACCGAGGGAAUGGACAGAGAAUAAUCAACUGUUUUUGCAGCAUUUGUCUAUUAAGCCGUCCACCCGGAAGGAUGUCAGUCAACUGCAAGAGAAACUGGAUCUCCAACUGAAGCAGCGACAGGCCAGAGAAAAGGGCAUGUGCUCUGUCCGCAGAGAGCUCUACACACAAUGCUUCGAUGAGCUAAUCAGACAAGUUACCAUCAACUGCGCUGAGAGAGGCGUGAUGCUUUUACGAGUGAGAGAUGAAAUCAACAUGACCCUAGCUGCCUACCAGACCCUGUAUGCAAACAGUGUGGCCUCAGGCAUUAGGAAAGCUCUGGAAGCCAAGCAAGGCGUGUCAGACAUGGAGAAGAAGAUUGCGGACUUAGAGAAUGAGAAGAGGGACCUGGAAAGACAGGUAAAUGAGCUACAGUCUAAAUACAAUGCAAUGGAGAGACAAGAAAAUGAAAGGCAACAGAUGAUACAGAACAAAUACGCUGAGGCGAUUCAGUUUCUCAGUCAAACCAACGAGCAGCUGAAGGCCCAGGUGGAUGCAAUUAUUGUCCCGUCGAAAUAAACAUAAUGCUUCAGAUUGUGUGGAAAAUUCAGAUUAGUUCAGAUUGUUUAAAAAAAAAAAAACCUGAAACAGCCAGACUGACAGAGAGAGAGAGAAAAUAAGCUAUUUGAGAUAAACUUCACAUUUGUGUAGAGCAUUUAAUUUAUGUCUAAAACAAUGUCAAGAUAUAAUUAGCUGAUUUGCAAUGAACAAGACCUCAGAAGAAAAAAAUCCUGGAGCCAGGAGCUCUGUGCUGUUAACUUUAAGCCAGGACCACUCGUCCACAGGCCAGGAUCUCUGCACUUUCAUUUCCCAGCCAGAAUCGAUGCAAUGACGCCCCCCAGCCUGGAACUCUGUGCUUUCAGCCCCCAGCCAUGACCUCUGAGUUCUCGUCUACCAGCCAGUAUCUC